AUGAAUCCUGAUGCGAUUGCGAUAUCUGUGGCUCCUUCUCUUUUCCAUUCGUGUAUACAUGAUGGAAGACAGGUCAAAUUUGAGGAUGUGCAACGGUUUAAAACGGCAUCGGAAGUUGUCAGGAACAUCAUUACCUCCUUUGGUCAUACAAACCUUUUCCCGCGUGAAUGUUACGAAUUCUAUGCUCGAAUCACAGGAAGAACGUUGCGUGUUGACGAGAAUUGGCUCUUCACAUUCCAAUACCCAUCAAAAUACUGCACAUGGGGAGAUGUGUUCUGUGGGAAUGCGUUACGCCAUUGA